AUGUGUGACCCCAGCGCUGGGGAUGGAGGUGAUCUCUCCCACCUUUCUCUCCAAGCCUCGACCCAGGACCCCCAAGAGAGGGAGGUGAGCAGCGCUGCCUUGGAAACCAUGCAGAUGCAGGAGAAGCUGAAGACAAGGAGGAUGCCUGAGGGUCUGUUAGCCUCACAGAGAGGUAAGGCCUGGCUGGCUGCAGUGAGUCUAUGGGCUCUACUUCCUGGGCCGGCUCCCUGGAGGCUCCUGGUAACCUGCAAGCCUCUGCCUCCAAUCCAGAACAGCCAUCCUUCCUUAGAGCCCAGCAGGAUGAGCCCCGGGGAAAAUGGCACAGGCUGUGGUGACAGUGACAGGAAUAACGAAGAGCUGAUGUUGAAAGGAAAAGUAUGUCAAGGGGAUGGCUGGAUGCUCAAGCUGAGCGCUGUGUUCCGUAUUUCCAGGCCCUUCUAUUGCUAUCAUGAGGAUGGGAAGUCACCGGGCCUGGAGAUGUCCCCCUGCCCUGGAGAUGAGCUGGAGCUUGAUGAACUCUGUGUGACUACAGAAACUGAAAGUUUAAUGGCAAUUAAUCAGCUUUGCAUAUGGCAAAGAUCAGGCAGCAGAGGUGAAGAGAAGACUGUUAAGUCUCCAGAGCGCCAGACUGUUAUCCAGCCUCUGUCCCCAAUAAAAGGUGUCCCACUCAGCCAGGCCAAGGAGACGGAUCAUCUCAAGAGCGCUGACCUCCUGAGUGACCAUGACUGCCCAACUGACAGCAAUGGAAGGGUCCAUGUUGUGUUGGCGAAGUCAGCUCAGAAGAAAAUAGAUCAGAUGCUCAUGAGAGCAAUGGAGCUUUUCCGGAAAGAGAAAGAGAGAGAAAAGUCCUUGCGGGUCCCUACAGAGCGCGUUGACCCUGCAGAUGCAGCCCACCAAAGCUUUAGCCUACCGCCUGUCAAUGGUCCAGUUUCCAUUGCACCCAGGAUGAGCAAUGGAGGCAGUGAGAGCACUGGCACGGCCUUGAGGAAGCGGGUCACCAGGCCCUUGCUGCCCAGCAUCCCUGUCACCAGCCAGCAUUGCAGCUUCCCGCACAACUCCUCAGUGAACUCGUGGCCGGCCACUGCUCUGGACUUCCUGGGGUGUGGAGAGGCGCCAGGGUGCAGGGACGCCCAGGAAGCCAGACCCUUCGCAAACCCGGAUCAGGAGUUGCUCAACGUGCUCAUGUGGCUCAACAGCGAUGACUGGCAGCAGAAGGCAAAUGGACUCCUCAAUGUCAGACGCCUGGCUAUCUGCCAGUCUGAAGUCCUUCUUUGUAGACUUCAUGAUGUUUCCUUGGCAGUUACCAAAGAGGUGAACAACCUCCGCUCGAAGGUGUCCCACUGUGCCAUUGUCACUGUUGGAGAGCUCUUCAAGACCAUGAAGAAGCACAUGGACCAGGAGGUUGAUGAGAUUGCUUGGGUCUUGCUGCAGAAGACGGGGGACUCGAGCGACUUCAUCCAGAAAGCAGCCAGUCGAGCCCUGGGGAUCAUGGUGGGCAGCGUGACUCCUGCACGGGCAAUGACUGUUCUCAUGGCUAGUGGAGUCCAGCACCGCAACACCUUGGUGCGGAAGUGUGCAGCUGAACACCUGCUGACCGCAAUGGAGCGAAUCGGAGCUGAGAAGCUCCUGUCGGGUACGCAUAACCGCACCGAGCUCCUGGUGCACACAGUGGUGAGGCUUGCUCAGGACUGUCAUCAGGACACAAGGUGUUAUGGACAGAGGAUGCCGAGUAUAUUGAUGGGUCAUCAAAAAUUUUUGAAGUAUUUGAAACGGUCUGCCCCCUCACGUGACUUAGAAGAUGUUAUGGCAGCAAUUAAGAAGAAGGUGAUAGAGGACUGUAAAGGUGAACCUCCAUCUGCCAAGGACCACAGGAGUUCUAGCAGCAGCAACUUGAUGAUGACCCAGGACACCUCACCUUCCGAUGGAAGAAAUAUUAAAAACAAUACUAUCUCUGUGGUACCAGCAGUCAUGAAGAGCCUCAGCUGAAAGGAGCUGGGGAUUUAUGCUGCAGCUGUGAAGGUGCUGGAAGCAUCCAUUGCUCACCUAGGUAACACGUUGCUGCUGCAAGUGUUUGCCCAACAGGUGCCUUUCCUCAGUGGCCAAGCUCUGCUGGAUGUCAUAAAACAUCUCUCAGGGCUUGUGGCAUCUGUUUAUCCUCAGAAACCCAAAGCCGCCAAGCACUACGCCCUGCCUGCUCUCUGGUUCCUCCUGGGGAACAGGGUCCUGCCUGUCCGAAGUGGCAGCAUCAAGGCUGUGGUCGCCAAGCUUGCAAAGAGCCUCUACGAAGUGAUGGGCUCCAGCCUGCAGGAGCAUGCUGCCAGACAGCCUCAGCCUGUGGCAAAAAACCUCUGCAAGAUUUUGAGCCUCCUCGAAAGGAG